AUGAAUCCUAACCCCCCCUUUUUUUCUGCCCGUCCACCGUUAUCUUUUCCCACUGUCGAUCGCCUCUUCUCUCCCUCCCUCCCUCUCCAACGUUCGCCCAAAACUCAGUUCAGCAACAAUCGCGCCGUCUUAUCGCCGUACGUCGCCGCCAACUUCAAGCCGCUUCUGGUUCGCCUAGCCAAUCCAACUGCCCACUUGGCAGAAGCAAGAAUCAACUUGCAACUCCAAAGCCCUCAAACAACUGGGAAGCGUCACAGCAUCGCAGCGCCUUCAGUUCUCUCUCUCUCUCUCUCUCUCUCUCUCUCUUCCUCUCUUGUAUAUUCGCAUUCGCAUUCGCAUUCAACCUCGAUCCGUCCAUCCACCGGCCACCCUUGGAGACUCUCUUCCGUUGCUCCGACGAGCCGCAACCCCUCGACCCAGAAUUGCACGCCAGACGAUGCUGCCGUGAGACCUCUCGCCUCGACCAGCGCUGUGACUCGCAGUCUCGAGGCCUUCCUCUCCAUCGACUCUCCCUCUCCGCCUUCGACAGAGCAGUUUCCGCCCGUCUCCCCGUCGAAGCGCCCGCCUCUCCUCCGAUCCGCCCAUCAUGGACGGCCAGUCGCAGCCGCAGCCGAAGCCGGCGCUUUACACUCAUCUGUCUCAAUUGUCGUCGCUUCCCUUGCGGACUGCCCACAGCACGCCAACGGCUUCUCCUGGCCUCUUCAGUCCCGUCGCCAGGCACCCUCAUAUGCCCACCCAGUCCUUCUCCGAGAGCAACACGCCCGCCCCUUUGUUCGACAGCCCCUACUUGCACCCGCUGCAGACCCACCGAGUCAGAGAGCUCUCAUCGAUUCCGACACUGCCACCGGCCGCAAGUCCAUCAAUCAAUAUGAUAUCAUCGAGGAGAUUGGCCGUGGCAUGCACGGCAAGGUCAAGCUGGCCCGCAACCUCGAGACCGGCGAAAACGUAGCCAUCAAAAUCAUUCCGCGCUUCUCCAAGAAACGACGACUCGGCAAGGUCACCGCCAUGUCCCCCCAGGAUAAGACCAAAAAGGAAAUCGCCAUUCUCAAGAAGAUCAGACACCCCAACGUUGUCGCCUUGCUCGAGGUCAUUGACGAUCCCGAGCUGAAAAAGAUUUACAUGGUUCUGGAACACGUUGAGCUGGGCGAGAUUGUCUGGCGUAAAAAGGGACUACCCCACAUCUGCUCGUACGAACGGAGACGGUCCGAGCGCGAGAUGAACGGAGAGCCGGCUACCGCCGAUGACAUGCGGUGGGAUCGGAUGCUCGAGCGCCGACAGAUCAUCAAGGAACUCAAGAGGGCCAAGAUGGCCCAAAACAACCACGGCCCCGAGUACUGGAGCAUGGAACACGGCGCCGCCGACGACGCGAGCACCGUAAGCCCUUGGUCCCGUAUCUCCUCCAGGGAAGACUUUGCUGCCACCGACGGUUCCGUAUCCAUGCCCAUCUCCCGCCGCUCCUCCCUUGCUCCCUCACAAAGCUAUUCCUUUUCGUCUUCGCCCGGGACGAGGGAAGAGGACGAAUGGCAUGAAGAUGAUCACACUACCCCCGGUCCCACCUCAUCGCAACCUCCCCUCUCUACAAGCGCGUUAGACGGAACCAUGUUUGGAGCCUAUACCAACAACGAUGACAGAAUGAGCUACCGCGAGCGAUCUCCCAGCAUGGCCGACUCCAUCAUCUCCCACAUGUCUUCCAUCGACUACAACGUCCGUGCCCACGACCCCUUUGCUGACGACUUCUCCUAUGUUCCCUGCUUCACCUUUGAUCAAGCCCGGACUGCCUUUCGCGAUACCGUGCUAGGUCUUGAAUACUUGCAUUACCAGGGCGUUGUUCACCGUGAUAUCAAGCCUGCCAAUCUGUUGUGGAGCAAGGACCACCGUGUCAAGAUUUCCGACUUUGGCGUUUCUUAUUUCGGCCGACCUAUCCGUGAGGGUGAGCCCGACGAUUUGGUGUCUGAAUCCGAGGCAAAGGACUUUGAUGAUGACCUGGAACUUUCAAAGACUGUCGGCACCCCGGCCUUUUUCGCCCCGGAGCUUUGCUACACAGACCCUGACCAGGCCCAGCCCAAGGUGUCUGAGCAGAUCGAUGUGUGGUCUCUCGGCGUGACUCUUUACUGCCUCAUCUAUGCGCGUAUCCCUUUCUUGGCAGAGGAUGAGUUUCAGAUGUUCCGCAAGAUUGCCACCGAGGACGUGUAUAUCCCUCGCAAGAGGUUAAAGCCCGUGGACCCCUCGACCUCACCCACCGUAACCUCUCUCUACAAACGCCAAAACAUUCAUCCGUACCGCGACGACAAUGACCUCGAAUACGAAGACGUGGAUAAUCUCCUGUAUGACUUGCUGCGCCAGAUGCUCAUCAAGAAUCCAGAAAAGCGAAUUCGCCUCAAGGAUAUCAAGAGACACCCCUGGGUGCUCCAAGGCCUUCCCAACCCGAGAUCAUGGGCAGACGAGACGGACCCGGCCAAGCCAUCGAGCGGCCGCAAGAUUCAGGUCGACGAGAGGGACCUGUCCUCUGCCGUCGUGCCACUCACCUUUCUUGAACGGGCCCGAUCUGUUGUCAAAAAGGCCGUGGGACGAGUCAUGCAUCCCUUGGUCGACCGUAGCGAAAGUCGAUCACGUCGAAGGGCUACUAGUAGUGUUGCCAGCUCCGGAGGUGAUAGCCUUCCAAAGCCCCCCGCUCUCCCCGUUGCUGUUCCAGCUACCAAUCCUUCCACUCCUUACCUCGACAGGCGCCGCAGCCUUCAUCCAGAAGACUACUUUCCCAGCUUGCCAGCCAGGGACGCCUUGUCGAGCAUAGAGCUACGCUCUUCAGAGUCUGGGGCCGCUAGUAGUCGCGUGGAGUCUGUCGUCUAUGACCCAAUGGCUACAGUCCUGCCGCCCCUGACCACGCUGACCACGCAGCCGGCCACUGUGACCCGGGGACGAUCUCACAGCGAGCUGGAUGAGGCGGCAACGUCCGAGUUUCGCCCUUCUGCCGGUGGCGUUCCCAUCCGUAAUGGGGGAACCAUACGUGCCAGAAACGUUGGGCAAUUCUUGCCCUUGACGCCUCAUACGGUACCGCCUACCCCUUCUUUUGAUAGAAAUCCUCCCUUCCGUCCAGAGUUACCAAGUGCGAGGUCAGAGCUCAGCGCUCUGACGGGGGAUUCAGUGCGCUCCCCUUCCGCGGACCGUGGUCUCUUCGCCAGCAGUGACAAACGAGCCACACCUCAAGUUGGUCUGAAUACUGCCGUGGCGCCGGGGAACAUUCCGGGCUUGCGAAGCACACGCUCAAUGCGCUCUGUUGAUCUGGGCAGAAACAGAUACGGAUACACGCAGCUGUCGUCUUCCCCCUUGUCUUCGUCUCCUCAGCCCAUACCCCCUUCCUCAUAUCAUCAUCACAGGCAUCUUCAGUCCGAUCCAAACUUUCACAGUCGGUACCAGGAGCGUCCUAUUACUGCCCACCGCGUGGACAACGGGACCGAUAUCAAGUCUCCCCUCACCCGGACCCCUGUCACAAUGAGCCCCGAACCGGCCUUUUCUGGCUCGUACGCGAGUGAAGACGGCUCCGCUGAAAUGGGCAGCCAAUGGUCUCGUAUUGCUCAUCAAGAUUGGCAAUCCGAGGCCCCGUCGCGAAGGGGAACCGUGGAAAUCGCAAAAACUGCGAGUACCGACUCCAUGGAUCAUCUCGGAACGCCCUUGACGAGCCCAAGCGAAACAGCUAGCCCCGUUGCCGCAUGUCCGCCUACCAACAGCGCAUCUCAGCGAAUGCUAGUCUUUCAGUCCGAUCCCUCGCUGCCGGCUCUCCUUAGCGGUGCCAGCUCUGUUUCGGCUGAUUUGGAGGGUGAGCUGCUGCUCAGACCGGGAACCGUAGACCCCCAGACCACUUUCUUACAGACCAAAGACUCGCUCACUCCCCCAGCCCUGGGAAAGGAGCCGGUCGGUGGCUUUCCCAUCGACCAAGUCUUUGCUCACCACUCGUCCAUGGAAGGUGUGCCGCUCCAAGUCAAGAUUGACCGCCCACCAACCUCGGACAGCCAUGCAUCCAGCCACCAGCAUCGCAAGCACGACGAGGAAGACAAUGACGAUGACAGUGAUGAUGGCCUUUUGUUAAUGGCCAAAGCUAAGAAGCGACCGCCAGUUACGACUAGGCACCGGCCCUUUGAGGCCAGGCGGCGAGACACAAACAUGAGCACUGCAAGUGACGAAACUGCCAGGAGAGUCAACAUUUCUCCAGAAGCAUGA